UAACAUGCCAGUUGCCUGAGAUCCUGGAUCCAUCUAUUGGGGCUAUUGAGGAUUAAAGACCCUGAAGCUGUGGCCCAAGCCUCCACCCAUCUUCUCAUUGCCCCAAGCUUCCAAGCAUAUUGGAAAUGGAAAAAAUCAAAAAGCCCUCCAAGAGACAGAAACCCUCAGGACCAGUAGGACAAGAGCCUUGCGUGAGUGCCAGCACCCCUAUGACAAGACCUAAGAGCCCAGCCACCACCCUGGCCUGUCCCAGCCCUGAUUUGUGUACCAGAGCCACCAACACCUCUGGUAAGCUUGAGGCUGCCAGGGAAGGCCUGCCAGAGACUGAGGUCAAACUUGAUUUGGCUGACAGAGAGAACAAGGCCAGUAGAAGGAAAGCCAGACUCUCCAGCCCUGCAAAGAAGCGGGAAAGAGACUUGUCCCAGCGGAAGAGCAGCCUGUGCCCCCUGCCUGGUGGCACAACAGUCUCUGCACCUGGCCUGGACCAAGUUCACCUGGAGAAGCAGGUAGAAGGUGCCCUUGGCCUCCCUGCCUGCAAGGGAAAGAGAAAAACCCACUCUCUGGGAGGGCCUGAUCUUCAGCCCUCUGCGUCCCAUGCCAAGUGCUGGGCCAGCCCUGAGAGAAGUAAGCUAAAGGGGCCCUCUGGGGCCUGCAACCUCCAGCCUGUCCCUGGGUCAGAGCCUUCCGUGAGGCUUGAGAAGAGGAAAGUAUCCAGGCAGAAGGCACGUGGAUCGAAAGAGGAAGGGAUGAAGACAAGAAAGAAAGCAAGGUCCCUGCCGCUCAGCACUGGCUGUGCCCCAGCUGUGGUUCAUCCUCUCCCCCAACAACCCCAGAACACCAGUCCUAACAGGUUGGAGGCGAGCCAGGCCAAGGAGGAUGAGGCUGUGAGGCAGGCUGACAUUCUCCCAGCUAAUCUGGCCAGAGAGCUGCGGUACCCUAAGAAACGGAAGAAAAAGCAUUUGCUUUGUGGCGUGCUGGAGAAGUCAGGGCCCCAGCCAAGCCUCCAGGAGGCCCCCUCCUUGAAUCAAUUGGUUAGAGAUACAAAAGUAGAGACCCGGGGCUUAAAUUCUGCCCCACAUUCGCUGAGCCCUCUGCAGGCUCUACCAGAUGUCAGACAUUUCUUUACUGGAGGCUUCAAGAAUACCUACCGUGUCACCUGCAACCUGUGUGGUGCAAGUGUCAGGCGGGACAAAGCCAACGGGCAGUCCCGAGGCUCAGGCCUCAUCCGGCAUCUGACCAAUAAGCACAGCAUGGAGUGGGAGAGAAGGCCAGGCCCAAGCAGCCCAGGCCAGCGGCCAGCAGGGGCAGAGCAGGCACAGGACAAGGCUUUGCCCCCUGGUACACUCAGUCUUGGGGAGCCCAGAGACCCCCUAGAUGCUGUGCCCUUGGAGAACAGCAGCAAGGAGCCAACUCUGGACAGACCUGAGCAACUGCUCCUGGCCUUGCCACCCCUGCCCAAUUCUGGGGCAGUCAAAGACAGCCCAAGUGACACACAUGACCCCAGCUGGCCUCAGGGUCAAGCCUGGAAUCACAGGAUUGCAGAGCUUCUCUGUGGCCUGGUCUUGCCACUCUCCUUCGUGUCCUCACCGCCGUUCAGGAGGUUCAUGGCCCAGGUGGACCCUUGCUACUGCCUGCCCUCCCCGGCCUUCUUCUCCGACAAAGCCUUGCCCCUGCUGCACGAGGCCAUGGGUGACCAGGUGCUUCAGGAGAUGCAGUGGGCUGAGAGUGGCCAUGUCCACCUCACCACCUCUGUGUCAGCCCAGGACUCCAUGGUAAACUACAUGGCCAUCACUGCCCACUGGGUGGCCAGCAAACCUGCAACACCAAUGAGCCCACGAAAGCGUGCAGUGCUCUGGGUCCGGGGCCUGCCCCUGGAGAGAGCCGCUGAGGAUGGACAUCCCGAGCUGCUGGAGCAGAUCAGCCUGUGGCUGGGCCGUGGCUCCCUGCGGUCUGGUUUUCUGGUGUCAGGUGGCUGCCCCAGCCUGGAAUGGGCAGUGAGGGCUGAGGGUUACACCCACAUCCCUUGUUUCGCCCACUGCCUUGACUCCCUGGUGAGCAACUUUCUGUGUCACCACCAUAGUGUGCAGAUCAUCCUGAGCACCGCCAGGGCCAUCUGCAGCCAUUUCCAAGGCUCUGCAGAGGCCCGGAGCCUUCUUGGCCAGGUGCAGCAACAGUGUGGCCUCCCAACCCAGCAGCCUUUCGAGGAGCUCUCAGAUGAUUGGGGCUCAGCCUACCGCUUGAUGGAGUGGCUGGUGGAGCAGCAGCCUGCCCUACAGGCAUAUGCUGAGAGCCAGCAGCCAGGCAAGGCCGGCACUGCCCUGUCCGCCGUGUUCUGGAGCCUGGCAGACAGUCUGGUCAAGCUCUUGCAGCCCUUCCAGAUGGCAGUCCGUGAGGCCAGCAUGGCCCAGGCUUCUCUGAGCCAGGUGCUGCCCCAGCUGCGCUACCUGCACAUCUUCCUGGAGCAGGUCCACAGGCACUUCCAGGAGCAGAGCAUCGGGGAUGUGGGUGCAGCCUUGAGGCUGGCUGAGGGGUUGGCCCUGCAGCUCUCCACAGACCGCCAGCUCAAUGAGCUCUUCCACCGUGAGGAGUUUGUGUUGGCCACCCUGCUGGACCCACGCUUCAAGGGCAAGGUCGAGGCCAUCCUGCCUGAGGGGGCUGACAUCGACCACUGGAAGCAAGUCCUGGUGUACAAGGUGAAGGAGAUCAUGGUGACUGAAUAUUUGCCCUCCUCUAGUGCAAGGCACAAGGGCAUGCAUGCAAACACCACCAGGAGAGCCAGGGCCAAGCAGAAAGGCCAGAGGGAGUCUCUGCGCAGGCAGAGCAACCAUAGCCCCUUUCUGCUGGUGCAGGGGGAGAAGAGCCUGCUGGAGCAGUUGGAGAGUGUAGGCCUCUUGGCAUCCCAGAGCAGUGGGGCCUCACUCUCCACAGAGAACCACCUGGCCAGCGUCAUCGUCAGGAGGUACCUGCGGGACAAUGAGACCAUCGGGGCCCAGGAGGACCCACUGGCCUACUGGGAGAGGAAGCGCAGUUCCUGGCCAGCCCUGGCCCAGCUGGCAACCAUCUACCUGUCCUGCCCCCCCACAGGAGCCUUCUCAGAAGGCGUCUUAGCCUCCCUGGACAGCCCCACCAUUGUAGAACAGAAGCCCCCUCUCAAAGGAGAGGCCAUUGAGCACCUGCUUUUCCUGAAGACCAACCUAGAGAACUUCCCUCACUAUACCCCACCAUCCCUUGUCUUCUCUAGUAGUGACCCGGCUGAGGAGGAGCAGAACCCAUAACCUGCCUGGCGUGCUAGGGUGGGCACUCCUAGGCUGGUGCAGGCUGUUCCAGGAGCCUUGAGAGUUUGGAGGUACAGCCCGCAGUCUGUUGCUCACAGAGCUUACUCAGGGAACGCCUCCUGCAGCAGAUAAGUGUGGAGCACAGUGCUGUAUCCCAGAUUUUACCAUCUGAAUCCUGUCAGUAUAGGGACAGUGUCUCUGUCCUUGACAGGUUGCCAUGUUCUGCCUGUUGAUCCAUGUCUAUCCAGCAGUUCACAGAGGAAGGUCUUACUGGCUUCCUAUGUGGCUGUGAACUGUACUACAUGGCUUUUAAAACUGUGAUGUCAUAUAAAAUAUUUCAUACUAGUGAAUAUUAAGGACCUUGCAAAAGCUUAUCCGUGUGGAUAAGAAGCAGCCUUAGCCCAGAGCAGUGACCCAUGCCUGUAAUCUCAGCUACUUGGGAGGCUGAGGCAGGAGGAUCACAAGUUCGAGACCAGCCUGGGCAACUUUGGGAACAACCUUAUCUCAGGAUGAACUAUAAAAAGGGCUGGUGCUAUAGCUCAGUGGUAAAGCACCCUAGGUUAGAUCCCUAUACUCCUAAAAAA